AUGGAAGAAUCUGCAGGCGAGCUCGCGGAGUUGGUCAGAUCUCUGGAAGACUUUGAGCCCACGAUUCCUGAGGAGCUGGUUAGGCACAUCGGCCGACGAUAUGGAUGCGAUUUCGAAGACCCGAACCUAGCCAAGCUGGUUGCCCUGGCAGCGCAGCAGUCCGUUUGGUCCACUCUGGAAGAAACUCAGCAACUCUGUCGUGUCAGGAAGGGGCUCCCAAUGUCCCGCCUGAAGGAGCUGGGCCACAAUCCGCGCGACAAGAGGCCAGUGCUGCUCACUGAGGAUGUGGUGAAGGCCCUUAAGGAGCGUGGCGUGACGGUGCCCUACAUGCCCUACCAGCUGGAUGACAAGGCAACGACGGCUGCCCCACCCGCGGGGAACAAAAAGUCGUAA